GCGACCUCUCGCACCCGAAGCGAGAAUCAUACCACUAGACCAAACACCCACAUUGUUGAUUUCGGCUCUGGAAUAUUAUUUUAAUCAAGAUUUUGUUUUUCUUCCCUUCUCGUUUAUUAUCACCGUCUCGUCAGGUUUCUUUGAAUCAGAGAUAAGGAAGCUCAAUUCCGUGACGUUAAUGGCGGCAGCAACGAUCGGUUGCUUCUUCCUCAGACCCCUUUGCGUCCCGAUAGCUAGAUGCCACUAUAGAAUCCCAAUAAUACGCAGACCCUCUUUCACUUCUCUCACCUCGUGCUCCUCUGUCACUUCGCCUGAAUCCGCUUCUCUCAGUAUCACCAAAUCCUUCAUUAACGACGACAAUAGUCACUUCUUAUCCUUACUAGCAAAAGACCUAGAUGAACAAGUUGAUGAAUUCGAAGGGUCUGAGAGUAAUGGGGAUGAGAAUUCUGAAGUGAGUAGUGCAGAAGAUUCAGUUUUGAAGGUUGGCGAGAGUUCAAAAACGAAAUUGCCUAAUCUUACAGUGAAGGAGAAGAAGGAGCUGGCUUCUUAUGCACAUGGUUUGGGGGAAAAACUCAAGUGUCAGCUGGUGGGCAAAUCUGGGGUCACUGCUAAUGUCGUGUCCUCUUUCAUUGAGACUCUUGAAGCCAAUGAGCUCUUAAAGAUCAAAAUACACAGGACCUGUCCAGGGGAGAUGGAGGAUGUGGUGAAACAAUUGGAGGAAGCAACUGGUUCUGUUGUGGUUGGUCAAAUUGGCCGGACUGUGAUCAUAUAUAGGCCUAGUCUCACCAAAAUGAAGGUAGAGGAGAAAAAGAAACAAGCUCGGAGAGUUUCGAGGAAAUCAGAAAAACCAGCAUUUCUGGUGAGAGAAUAAGCAAAUCUCCAACUCUGGAAUUAGCUAGGGACAUUCUUAAACUUUGAAGCCAAUGAUUGGUACCUCUUCCAAAACUUCACUGAUUGCCUUUGUAAAACAUGCAGAAGAAAGGACAAGAAGCCAGAUCAUCUGGACGUGGUCGACGGGGAUCUAGCAGAUUCUGAAUGCCGGUGCUUCAAAGUAUAUUUUCUUGGAAUCAUGUUGAAAGAUGAUCAGGAGAUGCUGUGUGGAUACUUUCCCCUAAUUUCUUUUGGUGGCAAAUUUGAUAAUUUGGUUGAAAUUACCAUCCAAACCAGGAGGAUAGUUUUUGGUGAUGGCAUCAAACAUUUGGGUCAAAUUCCCGGUGUGGUAUAUCUGUUGGGUUGUUUGAUAGACUCAGGACGGAUUUGAGGACAGAAAGUUUGCUGAAGGAGAUAUUAACAUGACCAUUGUAGUAUUUUCCAGCUUCAGUAUAAUACAUACAGAAUUCAGUGUCAAUUUUGGACAUGUGCAAUGUUCUUUCUCACUUCUGUAAAGAUUCUUGGUUGCAAUUUUCAUUGAUGUAAUAUGAUAUGAAUUCUGAAUUUGAAGGAUUGUAGGCAUGACAUUAACUACAAUUGAA